AUGGAUCGCUCGGAAGAUCGAUCUGAAAUUGUGUUUUUUGACGUUGAAACUAUCUACUCCACUUCUGUCAUCGUGGAGUUCGGAGCCAUCUUGGUUUGCCCCAAGACGCUGACGGAGCUCCGACAACCCUUCUCCACACUGGUCCGACCCGUCAACCCUUCCCUCAUCCCCGCCGUGUUCAACCGUAGCAAUGGCAUUACUCGAGAUGCUCUUGCCGGUGCUCCUACUUUCACCGCGGUUUAUGAGCUUCUUCAUGAACGGGUUUGGGCGGGUCAUAACAUCUUAAGAUUCGACUGUGUUCACAUCAGAGAGGCAUUUAGUGAGAUCAAUCGGCCGCCACCUGAGCCCAGAGCUACUAUUGACUCCUUGCCUUUGUUGACUCAGACUUUUGGAAGGAGGGCUGGUGACAUGAAGAUGGCCAGUCUUGCAACAUAUUUUGGGCUUGGACAACAGAGACAUAGGAGCUUAGAUGACGUUCGGAUGAAUCUGGAAGUUAUCAAAUAUUGCGCAACUAUAAUGUUCUUGGAAUCAAGUUUUCCAGAUAUACUUAAAAUGAAUAGUUGGGUUUCUGCAAACACUACUGCAAGAAAUGGUAGUAAUGGAAUAUCAUUACCAGACAGAGGCUUGUCAGAUAUGAAAAUGAAAUCCAUACUAUUACCACCUGUUCCAGAUCAAUGUAUGGAGGGAAAACGUCCAAUAUAUCAAAUUGCAAUGUGCGGCUCAAAAGUCUCUGAAUCAAAUGCGGUAUAUGCUAAUGAAUCAUGUCUUCCAGAUGUAUUCAUAGUGGAUGGCUGGGUUUCUCCAAGCGUUGCUACAACAAGUCGCAGUAUGGGAAAAUCUUUACGAGAUGCGGGCUUACCAGAUAUGAUAUCACCCGUUGCAGAUCAGUGUAAUGAGGAAAACCCUCCAACAUCUCCCAAUAUUGCAGUGUGCAACUCCGAAGACUCCGAUGAAUUAGAAAUAGUGGAUGCUAAUCUUGUCCAACAGCAAAUUUUUGGCUUUCCUCUUGGUGAAGAAAUAAUAAAGAGAGAAUUGACUAAACCACCAAUGUCUUCUCCAGCUACUUUAUUUGAGGCUAGCAGCAGCGCGACUUUUGUCGUUUUGAAGCCCCAUGAAAUUCCUAUCUCUAGCCUCACAGCAUCUCUUGUUCAAUCGUAUCAUGGCACUCUAAGGAUACAACUAUUGCACAAUAAUUUUCCUUCCCAGCUUUCUUGUGCCGAUCUCAAAAUCCGGUUUGGAAAAAAUUGCGUGUAUAAUAAUGCAGGCCGACCGAAGUUGAGCUUUGGGGUUUAUCUAUCGGAAACCUUAUGCGAGGUUCUUGAAGCUUGUGAUGCUGUUGCUCUCAGUUUAUUUUUGGAGUCUGGAAGUAGCUCUGGUUGGAGACCACUUGUUACCAGAAAGGAGGGCUUCUUCAAUUAUCCCACUGUGAGGUUACAUUAA